CAGGUUACCUUUCUAAGACACGACCGGUUGGAAAGGAUUGUGUUGAUCCUUUGGAGAAGUACAAAGACCAACUCACAAAAGAAGUGUGGGAAGAUUUUGUGGCCAAGAGUACGACUCCAGAGUUUAUGGCUUUGAGUGAGAAGAACAAACAAGCAGCGCUACAGAACAUUUUUCCUCAUCAUAUGGGUCGUUCAGGAUAUGUGCUUUCCAUGGCGAAAUGGAAAGAGCAAGGCUUAUUAGACCGGUUUCUUCCGACAUCGGAGGUAGAUUCAACGAAGUCUAGCACAACCACAACUGAAGAAAUUCCAAGACAUGUAAGCUGGUUUUGUGCUAGGUCGGGAUUGACAUCUGAUGGACAUUUAGCUUUUCCCGGUAAUACUGAUGGCAUGAAAGAGAAAAAAAACAAAUUGGACAAAAUUCAAGAUGACAUAGCUGCAGGGACAUGGAAGCCAAUUGAACGACAUGAUAUUUUGACUGAGGUUGUAGGGAAACCUGACUACCUUGGCUGUGCACGUGGCAUUGGUGAUGGUAUGGGUUAUACUCGAGUGUUUGCAGCAGAGCGUAGAGGUGGACGGCGUGAUAAAGUGGGUAAUUUGAGUGAGGAUGAUUUGAAAAAGUUGCAAGAGAGAUGGUUGAAAGAUAUGCAUCACUACUUUGUUCCUAGAGGUGAACAACCUACCAUGAGAUCAACGCAAGCUUCUGAGUCAGGCCAAGUUGAUACAAUGAACUCCACGGCUGAUAUUCCAC